AUGUCUUAGAUAAGUAAUUAUACUUUUCUUUAAGAAUAAACAAAUAAUAUUUAUUCUUAGAUAUUUGUUAAUAUUUAUGGAUGCUUAGAUUUAGAUGACUUAAAAACAACAAUUCCAGAUAAUUGUGCUAGUUAAAGUGAGAUAGAUGAGGUUAUAAAUGGAAUAUAAGCUGGUUUUAGUAUGUUUUUAAAAGCAUAAUAAUAUAACAUAACUUCAAAACAGAUUCAGACUAGCUAUAGAUUUGUAGAGAUUUUUGGUUUAUCAAAUUAGUUCAUUCUAAGCUAAUUAAAGACAAAGAUUUAAAACACUGAAGUAAAAUAAGGAUUACUUUUCUAAGAAUAAUAAACAUAUUUUACGCCUGUGUCAUAUGAUUAAACAAUACAAAGCUUUGAUAGAUAACUUUCUUUGAAAUCAGGUCUUGGCCCAUACAUUUAAAUAUCUAUAUCUAUGGAUGAAGCAGUGUAAUUUACCUAAAUAUAAUAUCCUACAAUAACACAAAUUUUAGCUUUGGUUAAUAGUAUUGGUUUCAUAGCAAUUAUUUGUAGAGUAAUUGCAAGAUUUAUAUCAUAAAAUGUCAUUAAAGAAGACUUUUUUAUUCUUAUUAUGAGGAAUCUAUUUUAAGAUAAAUGCUAACAAGUACUAUAGGAUAAUAAUUUGAUAAAUAAAUGUGAAAUACUAUUGCAAAUUCAGAAAAUGGAAGAACCUAUAGCUGACAAGAGUGAACAAAAUAAUAUCACAAAUUUUGCUGAUCGUUUAGAUUCAGUCAACUCAUUAUAAAAUUAAUAGAAUUUGACAAAUAAAUUUAAAUUUGAUAAACUUGACAUAAUUUCUUAAAAUGAAUCUCAUAAAGCAUCUAUGAUAAAUAGUAAAAUAACAUUGAAGAUAAAGGAAAACUCAAUAAUACAAAAUUCUUUGAACAAACAAUAAGAAAUACCUAAGAAUGCUUUUAAAACUAAAUUUUAAAACCAAAAAACUAAAAAAUCUUUCAUUGAUGUAAUAUCUUAAAAGUUAAAAGUUAAGGAGAAUAAUUCAGUUAAAAAAGCCCUUUAAAAGACUAUUUUUAAAUUUAGAUGUUGCAAAAACAAGGAAUAUCUUUUGUAGAAAGGCAUUGACUAAAAAUAAAUGAUAAAAAUUUAAAAAGAAGUAUUAAAGAAUUUAAAUAUUAAUGAGCUCUUUAAGGAUAUAAUAUUUUUGAAGAAAGCAAUUAGUAUGCUACUGAGCUUAGACUAGAUAGCUGCUAUCCAUAUUAUUGGUUUGACAGAUAAUUAUAUGAAUCUUGAUUUAGAAAGCACAACUUCAAACAUUAAUUUUGAUUAAUAGAAAGAAAAUUUAAAUUAUUUCGAGAAGUAUUAUGUUAUGCAAUAAUGUUGUAAGAUAUAAAUUGAUUAUAUUCAAAAAUUCUUGACAAAAUGUGAGGAAAAUGAAGAUCUAAGCAUAAUCGAUUAAAGAAUUAUUUCAUCAAUUUCAAACAAUAUUUGA